AUUAGCCAAAAUUAUUCAUUUCUAGCAAACCCAACUAACCAAAAGUCUUUGCUCUGCUCUAGCAAGAGCACAAAAAAAUUCUCUAUAUUUCAAGAAAACAGAUUUUCUUAAACCAAGUUCACAUUUUGCGCUUACCCUUUACUCUCUUUUUCUCUAUUUCAUUGAUUCUUGAAAUACCCAUUUGCAUUCCUGGACUUAAAAAUUUGUGCGUUUGAGCAGUUGGGGUUUCAAAAAAAAUGGCUGUGGGCACAGUAGAAGAACCUGUGGAGAUCUUUAAGGCUCGUUCAGAUAAGAGGGAGUAUAGAAGAAUAGUCCUUCAAAACUGUCUUGAAGUCCUCCUCAUCAGUGAUCCUGAAACAGACAAGUGUGCUGCUUCUAUGGACGUGCCUGUGGGAUAUUAUAGUGAUCCUAAGGGUCUUGAAGGCCUUGCUCAUUUUCUUGAACAUAUGCUGUUUUAUGCAAGUGAGAAGUAUCCCGUGGAGAAUAGUUACUCAAAAUACAUCACCCAGCAUGGAGGUUCUACCAAUGCUUUUACAUCUUCCGAGAACACCAACUUUCACUUUGACAUUAAUGCAGAUUGUUUUGAAGAAGCUUUGGACAGAUUUGCACAGUUUUUUGUCAAACCGUUGAUGUCACCUGAUGCUACAACAAGGGAAAUAAAAGCUGUUGAUUCUGAGAACCAAAACAACCUAUUAUCUGAUGGUCACAGAGUGUACCAGCUUCAGAAACAUCUGACCGCUAAAGAUCAUCCGUACCACAAAUUUGGCACAGGCAGUUGGGAUACUUUGGAGGUGCAGCCAAAGGCAAGAGGCUUGAAUACUAGGGAGGAGCUUCUGAAAUUUUAUGAAGAAAAUUAUUCAGCCAACUUAAUGCAUUUAGUUGUUUAUGCAAAAGACUGCCUUGAUAAAGCUCAAACACUGGUGCAGAGCAUAUUCCAAGAAGUUCCAAAUACCAAUAGAAGUUACUCUCCUGUUACUGAUCAGCCUUGCAAAUCAGAACAUCUGCAGAUUCUAGUCAGAGCUGUUCCAAUAAAACAAGGUCAUAGGUUGAGGAUUGUGUGGCCAAUAAUUCCAGGGGUAAUUUAUUACAAGGAAGGGCCUUCAAUCUAUUUGAGUCACUUGAUUGGACAUGAAGGAGAAGGAUCCUUGUUUUAUAUCUUGAAGAAGUUGGGUUGGGCAACAAGCUUAUCGGCUGGAGAGUCAAGUGGCGGUCGUCACUUCUCAUUUUUUGAAGUUUAUAUUCAUCUGACUGAUGCUGGGCAUGAUCAUUUUGAGGAUGUUGUGGCACUACUUUUCAAAUAUAUUGACCUUCUACGGCAAGCUGGUGCCUGUAAAUGGAUAUUUGAUGAGCUUUCUGCUAUGUCUGAGACUGAUUUCCAUUAUCAAGACAAGAAUUCUGCCAUUGACUAUGUUGUAGAUGUUGCAUCGAAUAUGCAGGUACAUUGA